GUUGCAAAAUAAACUUAGGGUUUGUGCUUUCACGAAGAAAUAAAACCCUUGUUAACAGCCGCUUCUCUUUUCUUCUCUUCUAUCACCCGCCUUUCCUCGAACUGCAGCUAGGGUUUCCAUCUGCACAUCUCCACACUCCCAUGGCUCCCAAAAGAGGUGUUAAGGCCCCAGUACUUUCAAAGAAGAAACCUGAAAAGGUUGUCAACCCUUUGUUUGAGAAGCGACCAAAACAGUUUGGAAUUGGUGGUGCAUUGCCACCAAAGAAGGACUUGACUAGGUUUGUCAAGUGGCCUCAUGUUGUUCGUAUUCAGAGGCAAAGGAGGAUUCUGAAGCAACGUCUGAAGGUUCCUCCUGCUGUUAACCAGUUCACAAAAACACUUGACAAGAACCUUGCCACACAACUCUUCAAGUUAUUGCUCAAAUAUAGGCCCGAGGACAAGGCAGCUAAGAAGGAGAGGCUUCUUAAAAGAGCACAAGCUGAAGCAGAGGGGAAAACUGUUGAAUCAAAGAAGCCCAUUGUUGUCAAAUACGGGCUUAACCAUGUUACAUACCUCAUUGAGCAGAACAAGGCCCAAUUAGUGGUUAUUGCACAUGAUGUUGAUCCCAUUGAGCUUGUUGUUUGGUUGCCUGCCUUGUGCCGGAAAAUGGAGGUCCCUUAUGCAAUUGUGAAGGGCAAGUCACGCCUUGGAGCUAUUGUUCACAAGAAAACAGCAGCAGCUUUGUGCCUUACAUCAGUUAAGAAUGAAGAUAAAUUGGAAUUUAGCAAAAUCUUGGAGGCAGUUAAGGCUAACUUCAACGACAAGUUUGAUGAGCACCGCAAGAGGUGGGGUGGUGGCAUCAUGGGCUCCAAAUCUCAGGCAAAGACAAAAGCUAAGGAGAAACUCUUGGCAAAGGAGGCUGCACAGAGGAUGUCUUAAGCUUCUAGGUAGUAGUUGAGAGAGAGUUAUCAGGAACUUGUAAUGAUGAAUUUUGGAUUUUCAUUUUGAUUUUAUGGCUUUGUUUUCAUGGACUAAUUUUGCAUUGUUGGAAGAUAUAUGAACAUUUCUCUUAAGAUUUAUGGUGGGAGAAUGAAUUUAUAGUCUAUUUCUUCAUUAA